CAGUGGACAUGUCGGACAAGUUGACCCGUAUCGCUAUCGUGAGCGCCGACAAGUGCAAGCCGAAGAAGUGUCGCCAGGAAUGCAAGAAGUCAUGUCCGGUGGUGCGCAUGGGCAAAGUGUGCAUUGAGGUUACGGGGAAGUCCAAGGUCGCGUACAUUUCCGAAGGGCUGUGCAUUGGUUGCGGUAUUUGCGUGAAGAAGUGUCCCUUCGAAGCCAUCAACAUCAUCAACUUGCCCAAGGUAGAUACGUCAUGUUCAUGUUGGAUCUUCUCGUUCGCAUGUCGACUCAUAUGUGCGCCUUUCCACGCAGGAUUUGGAAAACAACACCACCCAUCGUUAUGGUGCCAACACUUUCAAGUUGCAUCGUUUGCCAAUGCCUCGCCCGGGUCAAGUGCUGGGUCUGGUCGGCACCAACGGGAUCGGCAAGUCGACGGCGCUUCGCAUUCUCGCGGGCAAGUUGAAGCCCAACUUGGGUCGCUACGAGUCUCCGCCCGAGUGGCAAGAAAUCUUGACGCAUUUCCGUGGAUCCGAGCUCCAAAACUACUUCACCAAAAUCUUGGAGGACAACCUGAAGGCCAUCAUCAAGCCCCAGUUUGUGGAUCGCAUUCCCAAGGCAGUCAAGGGCCAGGUCAUGAACAUCAUCCGGGACCGAUGCGAGAAGGAAGGCAAGCUCGAGCACUACAUGAACGAAUUGGACUUGCUCCACAUCCAGGACCGCGACUUGGAAGUGUUGUCGGGCGGGGAGCUGCAACGCUUUGCGAUUUGCUCAGUGGCGGUGCAACAGGCCGACAUUUACAUGUUUGACGAACCAUCUUCGUACUUGGACGUCCGCCAGCGCCUCAAGGCCGCGCUCGUGAUCCGGUCCAUGGUGGAAGGCCAGCACUCGUCGUACUGCAUCUGCGUCGAGCACGAUUUGUGUGUGUUGGACUACCUCUCCGACUUCAUCUGCGUCUUGUACGGCGCGCCCAGUGCGUACGGCGUCGUGACCAUGCCCUUCAGCGUGCGCGAAGGCAUCAACAUCUUCCUCGCGGGAUUUGUGCCCACGGAAAACCUCCGGUUCCGACAAGAAGAAUUGACGUUCAAGCUGGCCCAAACCGCCGACGAGAUGCAGCUCAAGGACGACACAAGCGCCAACACGUACACGUACCCGAGCAUGACGCGCACGAUGGUGUCCACCAAGGACAAUGAGACGACGCAGUUCAAGCUCCACGUGCAGGGCGGGGCAUUUGUCAACUCUGAGAUUCUGUGCAUGUUGGGCGAGAACGGCACGGGCAAGACGACGUUCAUCCGCAUGCUGGCCAACCAGCUCAAGUCGGACGAGCUCGAGGCUGCCGAAGCUGCCGACGACCACUACGAGAUCGCCAAGGCGUCGCUGCAGUAUGACGCCAACGUCGUCAGUUACAAGCCGCAAAAGAUCGCGCCCAAGUUCCAAGGCAGCGUGCGUGCGUUGUUGCACAAGCGCAUCAAAGACUCGUACACGCACCCGCAGUUUAUGACGGACGUGACCAAGCCGCUAAACUUGGACGACAUUAUCGAUCAGGCCGUGCCCAACCUUUCGGGCGGGGAACUCCAGCGCGUGGCCAUCGUGUUGUGCUUGGGUAAAGCCGCCGACAUUUACUUGAUCGACGAACCGUCGGCGUACUUGGACUCGGAGCAGCGCAUCAUUGCUUCCAAGGUGAUCAAGCGGUUCAUCUUGCACUCAAAGAAGACGGCGUUCGUGGUUGAGCAUGACUUUAUCAUGGCCACCUACUUGGCGGACCGUGUGAUCGUGUACAAGGGGCGACCGGGCGUCGAGUGUACGGCGCAGUCGCCGCAAAGUCUGCUGUCGGGCAUGAACAUGUUUUUGAAGCAGCUGGAAAUCACGUUUCGACGUGACCCGACCAACUUUCGUCCGCGGAUCAACAAGCUCAACUCGGUCAAGGACACGGAGCAGAAGAGCACAGGCAACUACUUCUUCAUGGACGACUAACUCGACAGGAUACGAUGCUGCCGCCACGAUCAGCAUUUAGAGAAGACGUUGGGCACUACACAACACGUCCAUACGUUGAACUUACACGACUCCAUUUGAUAUGCCUUCGGUGUUCAUGUCUACCUACAUCUUGCCGCGUUGCUAGGAGUUUAGCGGUGCCGUUGUGGAUGUAAGCCUUUCUGAGGCCACAAGAGAGAAGCGUGCGGGUAGGCUUGGCCGUAGCGUGCCAGCGCUUGACAGUCACAGCAUGCUGCUACCGUGAUACGGUGACGUUGACUCCUGAAAUCUUGAAACGGCACAAGGAGUGGAUCUUCGGUAAACCUGUGUAAAAC